AUGCAGCCGGCGCUGUGCUGCGCUGUGGGCAGGUCGUUGUUCGGGCGGCGCGCAGUAAUCGGCGCCACGCAGCUCUCCAGGCUGGGCCCCCAGGUCCAGGUGCGCAACUACCGGCAGGUGGUGCCGCACGAGAACUACCGGCGCAAGGGGCAGCUCAACGACAUCGCCCUGCUGGAGCUGGAUGAGCCCGUCCAGUGCAACGAGUACAUCCAACUGGCCUGCGUGCCUGACCGCACCGUGGACCUGAACAAGCUCACCAACUGCUGGGUCAGUGGCUGGGGCUUCAUGAAGGAGAAAUCCGGGGUCACGGCCGACAUCCUGCAGGAAGCCCAGGUCUACUACAUUGACUAUGCCACGUGCAACAGCAGCACCUGGUACCGGGGGAACAUCCACAGCAACAACAUAUGCGCCGGCCACAAGAAGGGCGGCAUCGACAGCUGCCAGGGCGACAGUGGCGGCCCCCUCCAGUGCCGGGAGGAAACGUCUGACCGCUUCUGGCUCAUGGGAAUCACCAGCUGGGGGAUGGGCUGUGCCAGGGCGCAGCGGCCUGGGAUCUACACCCUCGCGCGCAACUACUUUGACUGGAUCGUGGCCAACAUGAAGCCAGCACCGCGGACGGAGACAAGCCCGGCCCCAGUCCCAGUGUCAGUCCCAGUUCAGAUGGCCAUGCCCACCUCGCAGUCGCCCCCUAUGCAGCAGCUGCCGCCAAUGCCGCUGCCACCAAUAAAUCAGAAGCCAAAACCAGGCACCUGUCUGUCAGGGCGGAGCAGCAACGACGAUUUCUUCAAACGACUGAACAACUUCCUGAAGGCUGUGAAGGAAGACAAGCAUUGAGAAGGGGGAAGAGCAGGGCACUGUGCUGGCCAGGGGCUGUUUCUGGGUGCUGACCGCUGCCCCAGGGGACUUUGGCACCCAGCCCUGCUCCACUUGGUGCCCCUGCUGCUGGAAGGGGAAGAGUAAAAGAGUAUUUCUUGUGGUUGGCUCUGCCUCUAUCCUCCCACAUCCUGCCCAGAACCACAUGGGAGCCAUGAGGCACUGAGGGGACGCACACAUAGCGCCCACCAGGCUGGAGGGUGGGGGGCGGCAGAAGGGGAUGGAGAUGGGGAAGGGGUGAUGCAGCUUGCAGAGGGCUGCUGCACCUCCCACCAGGCCAGGGAGCAAGAGGGCAGAGCAG